GUCUCAUGGAACUGGGGCAGCGGCAAGCCCGGCGGCACCGUCGCCGAAGUCAAGGAACACGGCGAAAUCGCCAUCCAAUCCAACAAGGGCAACACCAUCAAGAAGAACGCCGACCCGGAAAACCCGGCCGUCCACGUCGAGCGCUCGGGGAACGACGUCGUGAAGCGCGCCUCGGAGCUGAAC